UAAUGAACGUUUUAAAAUGAACUCUAAUAUUUUUAUUUCUUUAUCUUCUUUAUUACCAAGCAAAAUUGGUAAUUUAUCAUUUAGUGAUAUACAGCCAGCUAUUGAUUUUUAUGAAGAAGAUUUAAGAUCUAAUAACCAAAACAUUCACAUGGACUUAUUAAAAAAUGAAUUUGAAUUUUGGAAGCAAAAAUGGUCUAAUGAAGAAAAUAAUUUACCAAAAAAUGCAUUAGACACAUUAUCAAAAUGCCCCGAAGAUUUAUUCCCACAUAUAAAUAUUUUAUUAAAACUUCUUGCUAUUUGGCCUGUAUCAACGGCAUCGGUUGAAAGAAGUUUUUCUUCUUUAAAAAGAAUCAAGACCUAUUUAAGAAACUCUACCGGUGAGGCAAGAUUAAACGGAUUAGCUCUUAUGAAUAUCCACAGAGACAUACAAAUUGACACAGAUGCUAUUUUAAAUAUGUUUGCGUCUAAAAAGGAAAGGCGUUUAGAUUUUAAAUUGUGACAAUUUAAUAAUGAA